AUGGAUCUCGACAGCCUCAAGGACAAAGUGAGCAACCUCACGCUCUACGACCUCAAGGCCGGCGUGCGCAAGGUCCAGAAUGCGGUCAUGAACUAUACCGAGAUGGAGGCGAAGGUGCGCGAGGCUACUAACAACGAGCCUUGGGGAGCAUCUUCGACUCUGAUGCAGGAGAUCGCGAAUGGAACCUAUAACUACCAGCUGCUCAACGAGAUCAUGCCCAUGAUCUACAAGCGUUUCACCGAGAAGUCAGCGGAGGAGUGGCGGCAAAUCUACAAGGCUCUCCAACUGCUCGAGUUCCUGAUCAAGAAUGGCUCCGAGCGUGUCAUCGACGACGCACGAUCCCACCUCUCGCUUCUCAAGAUGCUGCGCCAGUUCCACUACAUCGACAUGAACGGCAAGGACCAGGGUAUCAACGUGCGCAACCGAGCAAAGGAGCUGGGCGAGCUGCUUAGCGAUGUUGACCGCAUCCGUUCAGAGCGCAAGAAGGCCCGCGCUACCCGCAACAAGUACACUGGCGUUGAGGGCGGUGCCGGUAUGGGCUUCUCUUCCAACAACCGCUACAGUGGCUUCGGCAGCGAGACUGGUGGCUACAGUGGUGGCGGUGAUUACGGAGGUUUCAGUGGAGGUGUCUACGGUGACGGCGGUGGCUUCGGCGGCGAGAGAGACAGCGGAUACCAUGGCUCGGGCAGCAGGCGGGAUAGGUUCGAGGAGUACGAUGAGUACGAUGAAGGUGCGGUUGCAGCUCCCGGCAGGCGACAGGCCGACACGCAGCGGGCUGGUGUUAGAAGGGAGACCAGCGGCGGCGCUGCCAGCAAGAAGAAGGAGGAGCCUCCCAAACCCAAGCAGCCUGAAGUUGACCUCUUCUCCUUCGACGAUCCCGAACCCGUCCCUUCAGCGUCCAAUGGCAAGGCCCCCGCCACCAGCUCCGCUGCGGACGAUUUUGGCGCCAUGCAAUCCGGAGGUGCAGACGACGACGAUUUCGACGACUUCCAGUCUGCCACUCCGGCUCCCGCCGCCGCUCCAGCAGCAGCAGCGCCUGCCCCUGCAGCUGGCGGUUUCGGCGUUCUCACUCCUCCGCCCACCGCGCCAUCUGCCCAGCCAACCCAGUUCGCCGCACCACAGCCGCGUUCGGGUGCCCAGGCAUCCAACAUCAACGACCUGUUCUCCUCCAUCCACUCGCCCACGGGCAGCAUCUCUUCCGCGCGCCAGACCCCGGCCGCCACCGCCUCCUCCGCCUUCGCUCCGCCGCCCGCGCAGCAGCAGCCCGCCGGUUACGUCCCCAACCAGCCCAACUACUUCACUUCGGUGCCGGCUGCGUCAGGUCUUGCAACUCAGCAGACGGGCGGCAGCCUCGGCGGCAAGGGAUCCACGCCCGGCGUCCUGUCCCCAACGGGCAGCAUCGGCGGCGCCAAGAAACCCGCCGGCGGCGACGCCUUCUCCGACCUGCUCUCCGGCAUGGGCACGAAGAAGCCCGCCCAGUCGCAGCCCAAGGUCACCAUGGCGGACCUGGCCAAGCAAAAGACGAGCAGCGGUCUGUGGGGCGCGCCGGCCGCCGCCUCUCCCACGAUGCCUGCGGCUGGUGCUCCGCCGCAGGGCCAGAAGACCGGUAGCAGCGGGUUGGACGACCUUUUGGGUUGA